AAUCGAUAUGUAGGAAUUUAUCUAUCUCCGUUAGUCAACACUUACUAAAACUUUUAACUAACGUUAUUCCCUUUCUAAAGAUUGAGCUGUUAAAUAUAUAUGUGUGUUAUUUGUAAUUGAGGAAGUGAACAAAGUGGAAAUUAUGAUAGGUCAUGAAAAGAUUGGAACUAUGGAGGGUGAAAUGAACGGUGUUAUUGUUGAAGAUGGCGAUUUAAAGUCGCCACCAAAAGUGCUACACAAUAUUUUGCCAGAUGUUGAACAACUGAAAUAUAAAGCGAAAGUAUCUAUCCCAGAGGAAGAGAAAGUAUACAACAAAUUGACGUCUCAGAAAGCCAGACAUAUAAUAACAAAAGAUUCAGACACAUAUGGAGUGGAGAACUUUAAUAAGAAUGCAUUGUUAAUUAUUAAUAACAAAUAUAUUCGUGAUUACCAUCCUAGAUUGGGAACUGAGAUAGAUGAAGCGAUACUUCUUAAAACCUUCUCAAAAUUUGAUUUCGAAGUGACAAUAGGACGUGAUCUAACAAGAGAUGAAAUAAUGGAGAAAUUGUAUGAUUUUACAAAUCAAGAUUUCACGGAUUACGGGUGUGUGGCGGUCGCAAUAUUAUCUCAUGGUGCUGAUCGAGGAUUAAUAUAUGCAAGAGAUAAGCCCUACCAUGAAAAAGACGUCUUCCGCCACUUCAUGGGUGGUAAUACACCAAGUUUAGUAACAAAACCCAAAAUAUUUAUGUUUCAGGCUUGUCGAGGCUAUGGUGAUUCAAUAGGUGUAAAUGUCAUGAAAUCAAGAGGAAAGGUUAUACAUACGGUUGAUGUUGAUGAAAAGGUACCAUAUAAUCUGCCUGUGGAAACUGACAUGCUCAUAUUGCAUAGCUCAUAUAUGGGGAAGCCAUCAUACAGAGACAUAUAUAAAGGUUCAUGGUUUAUUCAGAGUCUUUGCAGAAAUAUUGAUAAGUUUGCAGCCAAAUUGGAUGUGGAGUCGAUUCUUAUUAACGUUAAGAGGGAAGUGGCGAUUAAUCUAUACCACGAAGAAUACAAUAGAGCAACUUUAGAAGUACAAUUUAAUAAGCAGAUGCCAGUAAUAACAUCGACUCUAAUUAGAAAGUUGUAUCUAAAGAAAUAUGAAGAUAUAGAAAAAUUUGACCAAAUAUCGAAACGUUCGUUUGACGGAGAGAAGGCUAAAUAUCAAGGAAUGAAAGAAGUCAUCAGCCAACCGAUACACUUGAAUAAUGGCAAUUGUUCUUGUUACCAAGAACACUUUCAAUACAUGCGAGAAUGUUUGAGGUUUUAUUUACAAGAUCAUCCCGAUGACACUAUUGCCAAAUCAUUUUAUAGAAUUACCCAGUCGUUCGAUGGUCCAGCCUUCAAUGAGCCAAAGAAAAAUAUGCUGAAGGUGAUCGCAAAAUAUCUCAAAGACAACAACUAUGAGAAUUUCAAAUAUAUACACACAUAUAACACCGAAAUUUGCCCAUCACCUUCAUUUGUGGGGAAAAUGUAAAAUUAUUAAAAUAGUUUUAAUUUUGUUAUAUAAUUUGAUAAUAAUGAACAAAGGUUUCGGGUGAUUUAUAAAAAAAAAUCUGAAGUACAUA